GUGGAGGCUGGCUGUUGUCAGAUAUUGGAGUGAAGAGAACUUUGGCAGUCAACCAACAAUGUAGACGACUCGAGAAACUUUAACCAUUUUUACGACCAGGUCUGCGUGUAUACACUCGUGUAACAGUCGAUUUGGUCAUGUUGGAUUAGUUACAGACGGAUAUUCCUUAAAAGGUAGUAACGAGGUUGCUUCAUUUUUUAAUAACAAUUAAAAAAAGUUUUGCAGGCUUAGCUGUAAUCACAAAAGAGUUAGCUGGGUGUUAGCUAAGCAUUAAGUGAGCUAGCAUUAACGGCACAGAUAUCUCCAGAGAUAGGUCAGAUUUGUAUGGAAACACUUUAGGAGUCGAUAGUUGAAGCAACCUCGGAGUUAAAAACUGGAAAAUUUGGAGUUUUGGUGAACAAACUGACAGAAAUAGUCGCCUCUCUUCCUCCUCCUCCUCCUCCUCUUCCUCCUCCUCCUCCUCCUCUUCCUCCUCGUCCUCCUCCUUGUGAGCUCGCGAGCUCGGGAUGUCGUCUCGCGGCGGUCUGCAGCCUCUCCGAGCUACAGUUCCCUUUCAGCUACACAACAACACCACCAGCACCAGCACCACGAAAAACCCAGCACAGAGAUGGAGAGAGCCCAAACCGGUUGAGUCCAAGACAAAGGCUCGUCCCCCGAAGCCGACGCUGAGACGGACACUUUCCUUGGACACGUUAGUGGGGCCGUACCUGCAGGGCCAGUGGCCCAAACAGCCCGAGAGCCAGACUGUAACCUGUGUCAAUGACAAAGCCACACAGACCCCCAGUUCGUGGACUGAGGAAACACGGGGGAGAAGAGGUGGAGUGGGGCACAAGCGCUCGGCAUCAUGGGGCAGCGCCGAGCACCUCAGAGAGGUUGCUAAGCUGAGGCAUUCACUACAAAAGCGCUCCAGACAUGCACCUCCUCCUGCUGGCUAUGAGCGCCUUCAUCAGCCCUCGCCUACUAUCCAUACACACAUGCCUGGAGCCACACAGACCAUCCCUCUGCUGCCCCUAAGCAGGCUGGCUCCCAGACUGCGGCGCAGUGUAGAGGGGCUUAACCUGGAGCUGGAGGGGGUCUUUGUGUCUGAAACAGCAGAAGAACAGCACAAGAUUCUGGAUGUGCCAGAUGGUCACAGAGCACCUGUUCCAGUGCAGAGAUGCAGCAGCGGCUCUCAGAGUGACCUUUCCCCUGGUCUCCUCUCCCCGUCACAGUCACCCUGCCCUAUAGAAGAGUCCGGUAUGGUAGUGUGUGGGCCACUGGAUCCCUCUCCUUCGCCUCCUUUAUAUGUGAUUGACGCACCAUCCUCGUCCCCCCUCCCCAACAAGACUUACGCCUUCCAGAGAGAGCCUCCAGAAGGCUGUGAGAGAGUGCGUGUGUGUGAAGAAGCCUUUUCUCCAUGCCAUGGUGAUCCCCCAGCUCAGCCUUCCUGCCCCGACCCCAACAAAGUGAACUUCACUCCUCACGGAGGCUCGGCCUUCUGCCCUGUCAGUCUUCUGAAGCCCCUUCUCCCUUCCAUGGACUUGCUGUUUCGUGGCCUGUCAGUCUCACCUGUGACUGGCUGCUUGGGCCAAACCCCCGCCCCCUGUCCGACAACAGCACAUCCAGUGAGUGGAUACCUGAGUGGGCCCCUCCCAGACUCUACCACCUCCUCCAUUUAAAAAUAUGUGGGACAUGAGAUGGCAAAAAGGAGGAAGUGGUAAACAAAAGAGCAAUGGACUGAGGUUUUGUGUCAUCUCAUCAUAGAACUGACCAAGUAAUGGCUUACCAGUAGUUGUAGCAAGCACUAAGUGUUUACUUUUAGACUAAAUCAGGAGAUCACUGAGAACAGGAAAGACAAACUCUCACCAAAAGACAGUAGGAAGAACUGUCACACUCAGGACAAACCCUCAAAUUUCAUUUGUGAACAGACUUCAAACCUCAUGGGAAGGUACCAAAUGUGUAUGCAAUACUGAAUAUUCUUUGUUCUAUCUUGGUUGAAAUAAUGGCUCGUUUCCUUAAGCUGCUUUUAAAUAAGGCUUAAUGGAUAUUGAACCUGCACUUACAGAGCAUACAGAGACUCCUAGUGAUGUCAGCCUUGAUUCAAAGGAAAAGACAUUACGCCCCACAUAAUAACUUUUCUAAUACAGAUAUUGUUUUGCUCCACUUGGCCCUUUUGUACUCGACUGUGGAGUAGACGACUGACAAGAUCCCCACAAUGGGUUCAUUUAUUUCAGUCUACUAAAUUUAUUUUUUACACCACAGAGCUGACAAUCCUAUUAUUUAUUAUUCAAAGUCACUCUCGACCUUUUCAGCUUCACAGUUUUCAGUUAGCAGCGAAGUGAACUAUGUCAACAUAAACCUGUAUGGAGUUGACCAGUUAGGUUUACGUUCACUAAAUGAUGUUGAAAUCUUUUACUGGAGCAUUCACAAUGAUUUAUGAGCAAUUUUUUUAAAACACGAGUAUACAAGAACAUCUUUGAUAUUAUCCAGAAAGAGCUGACAUACAUGGAUUUGAAUUAAAAUGUUUCUACGUAGUAUUCACCUGAAAAACAAAACAAAACAAAAAAAUCUAAAUACUUUCAUUCAGAAGUAUUGAAAGUAGAAAAAGGCACUGAUUUCUUGCAUAAUACCUUGUAUUUUUUAAACUGUAUUUUUGAUAUUCAGAAAGAAUUUUUUCUUUGGUUUGUAUAUUUUCCAGUUAUGAAAAAGACUGAACUCUUGUGCAUUUAUCAAGAUAAAUAUCUACAUUAGAAUGUAGCAAGUGCAAGUGUGUUUGUAUUAUAGCACUAAACACAUUCAGCUUUGUUUUCAAUACACAGUAUGUUAGAGUUGUUUGUUUUUCUUGUAUUUCUUUUUAACUCACAUGUUCCUGUCACCAGUCUUGCAAUGGUGGAACGUUGACUCAUUGGAAAAGCUCACUCUGGUUUAUAGAAAGCUUUAGGAAGUAAACAGUGUGCUGGUGGUUGCUAAUGUAGUAUUACAGAUAUACCACUAAAUCUUUAUGGCAUAAUUUAAUGUCAUCGCACAGCAGUAUUUAUGUUUUUUUUUUUUUUUUUUUUUUUUUUUUUUGUGUGUGUGUGUGUGUGUGUCCGUUCGUUUGUUCAUGUGUUCACACAAAGUAGCAGUGCAAACUUCUUUGCACUUUUUAGAUUUUUUUCUGUUUUGUUUUAUACAAACGUAGUGCCAUUGUGUACCUAGACCUUGUCACAGCAUCCCAGAUUCUCAGGGUAGUUUUGUUCAGAUUUGGUUCGGUUGAAUUUCAGCUCAGACAAGGUGCUGGGUGAAGUCAGUUCCCUGUUUUUGAAAGUGUAAAUGAAUGGUUAUCAGGGUGUUUUGUUCAUAGUGUUCCUUUGCAUCUGUAUUUUUGUUCUCUGAAAAGGUGCUUUGUAAAGUUGCAUCUUAGGUUUACAUAUGAUUUCCUUUAUUUGUUAUUGUUUGUGACAUGCAGUAAAUCAACAAUGUCUUUUCUUCUCAGAUUGGACUGCUGCAAAA